AUGAAGAGACUGGGCUUGCUUCUCCUUGUGCUUAUCCUGAUAUUUGCUGUUGGGCAGGGUACUGAUCCCGAACCGCAGUACUGGACUUGUGAUCACAGAGGACUCUGCAGACGGUACUGCUAUGCUCAGGAGUACAUGGUCGGUCAUCAUGGGUGCCCUCGGCGAUACAGGUGCUGUGCCGUACGGUUCUAA